UCCCCCUUCUGAUUUUAGCCGUCUCUUUUUCUCUCUACAUUCUGGGUUCCAAACUAUCUUUUAGAUAGAUAGAUAGAUAGAGAGAGAGGACUCUACAAUAAAGAACAUGGCAGCAGCCUCCGAUUUACCAGAGGGGACUCUACAGAAUGUUCUGGAGCAAGAGACCCUCAAGUGGGUCUUCGUAGGCGGCAAAGGUGGGGUUGGCAAAACGACGUGUAGUUCAAUCCUCUCGAUCCUUCUCGCCAGUGUCAGAUCCUCUGUUUUGAUCAUCUCCACCGAUCCUGCUCACAAUCUCAGCGACGCUUUUCAGCAAAAGUUCACCAAGACUCCCACUUUGGUUAAUGGGUUCUCCAAUUUGUAUGCCAUGGAAGUGGAUCCUACAGUUGAGCAUGAAGACAUUGGAGGAGAGAAUGGAAUGGAUAGCUUGGUGUCCGAGCUAGCGAAUGCUAUUCCCGGGAUCGAUGAGGCUAUGAGCUUUGCUGAGAUGUUAAAAUUGGUUCAAACAAUGGACUAUUCGGUGAUUGUAUUUGACACUGCACCAACUGGACAUACGCUUCGGCUGCUGCAGUUUCCAUCAACAUUAGAGAAAGGUCUCACAAAAGUGAUGUCUUUGAAAAAUAAAUUUGGGGGCUUAAUGAGUCAGAUGACCCGGAUGUUUGGUAUGGAUGAUGAAUUUGGAGAGGAUGCAAUUUUAGGAAAGCUUGAGGGCAUGAAAGAAGUAAUAGAGCAAGUCAAUAAGCAAUUCAAAGACCCAGACCUGACGACGUUCGUUUGUGUUUGCAUUCCUGAAUUCCUCUCUCUUUAUGAAACAGAGAGACUGGUGCAGGAACUCACCAAAUUUGAAAUAGAUACACAUAAUAUUAUCAUUAACCAAGUACUUUAUGAUGAAGAAGACUCACAGUCCAGAUUACUCAAAGCAAGAAUGCGAAUGCAACAAAAGUACCUUGACCAGUUCUACAUGUUGUAUGAUGACUUUAACAUAACCAAGCUCCCAUUGCUACCUGAAGAGGUUACCGGAGUGGAAGCUCUGAAAGCCUUUUCGCGCCAUUUUCUGACACCGUAUCAACCUUCCACCAGCACGGUGGAAUCGUUAGAGCAAAGGGUGUCCACGCUAAGGCAGCAGUUGAAAGACACUGAAGCAGAGCUAGAAAGACUACGAAAAGGAAAGCAAAAGGCCUGAUGAAACCUUUUUCACCGUUGUUGCAUCUAGUUUAGCAAAUCGGAUGGUAUCGUCUUCCCCACGUUGGGGUUACAAAGUGAAUUAAAUCUUCGAUUUCAGUGUUGGUUGAGAAUGUUGUUUUAUUUACUUCAUCAAUUCUUAUAACAAAGAAUUAAAUACUCAGAGAUCUGUUUCUUUAUUCAAGUUUUUCAAGCCAUUUAGUUCA